UUUCAGCGUUCGCGUCCACCGUGUCACCGCUGACGUCGGCUGACACUCGGUGGAAGCCCCUCUCCUUCCCUCGCGCUUUUUUGUUCUCCGGUUUGCUUCAUUCGCGAGGGUUCGUCGUGUUUUCCUCUCCUCGAGCUUCAUGCGGGAGCCGCUUUUCUAUAUCAAUGUGCAUUAAUGUAGGAGACAACGUGGAAGAGAUAAGGUGAGAUAACCUUGUUGAUAACAAAGAGCACUACGCGAAGGUCUGCGUUUGAUUGUGACAUUGGCGGACUUGUUACUACCACGCGCUUUGAAAACUCGACUACAGUUGUCUGCAUGUGUAACUGCAUGUUGAUAGAUGUCGAUAGAAGAGCUCUUAUCUCCUCACCUGGCACCUUUGUUUUGGAUUUGCCAAGGAUUUCCUAAAGCGGCAGUGGGCAUACACGACUGAAGGAUUUCGGGUUUUAGUCUAAUUCGGGAUCUAUACAUCCAAACUGGGAUCUAUGAGCGGAAAAGUGGCUAAGCCUAAAGAAGAAAAGGAUGCUUCAAAGGUCCAGGAUGACGCUGCCCCAGGUACCCAGGAGUACAUUAUGUUGCGGCAGGACUCCAUCCAUUCUGCGGAUAUAAGGGGUAAAGGCUCCCCUUUUCGUGCUAAGUGUCACGAAAUCUUCUGCUGCCCGCUGAAGCAAGUCGUCCUCAAAGAGAACUCAGAGCCCGAAGAGCCCCAGCUGAAGGGGAUCGUAACGAAGCUGUACAGUCGACAGGGCUUUCAUUUGCAGCUCCAAGCAGAUGGAACCAUCGACGGCACUAAAGAGGAGGACAGUGGUUUCACCAUGUUCAACCUCAUACCAGUGGGCUUGCGAGUGGUGGCCAUCCAGGGAGUUCAGACCAAACUCUAUCUGGCCAUGAACAGCGAGGGCUACCUGUAUACAUCAGAACACUUCACACCAGAGUGCAAGUUUAAGGAGUCUGUGUUUGAGAACUACUACGUGACGUACUCCUCCAUGAUCUACAGACAGCAGCAGUCGGGCAGGGGCUGGUACCUGGGCCUGAAUAAAGAAGGAGAGAUCAUGAAGGGCAACCAUGUGAAGAAGAACAAGCCUGCUGCACACUUCCUCCCCAAGCCUUUGAAAGUGGCCAUGUACAGAGAGCCGUCUCUGCACGACCUGACCGAAUUCUCUCGUUCUGGUAGCGGCACGCCAACCAAGAGCCGCAGUGCCUCCGCUGUGCUGAACGGGGGCAAAGCUGUGAGUCAGAACGAAUCAACGUAGCCCGGUUUACCCGGCCCGGCCCGCUACCUUACGCCUUCACCAAAACCUCUGAAUGCUUGUGACUUCACACAGACUUCUCUCCAAAAAGCUCUCAGCGGUUCAGGACAACACCAAACAUAGCAUAACCACACACUAGACAAACAUCCGAUUGGAUUUCUUUAUAAUUAGCUGGUUAGAUUUUUUCGGGGGUGGGGGGAGGAGUGGUACAUUUAGCUUGUUUUCCUUUCUGAUCACCACUAUGAUAGCCUUUUCCACGUGAAACAGAAGUUGUAGCCUUUCAUAUCCAACGGGACGUUUGGUUUCAGUCCCUCUCAGCAUAUGUUCAUAUACUAGCAUAGCAGGUCCUGAUCAAGUAAUGCAUUUGUUACGAGUUCAGGGCUCUGUCCUGAGUGUGGAGCGAUAGAGAAGCGCCCGUCCCGGUCUUUUGCGGGGGGGCUCUGUCAUUAUGUGCACUCGCUCAGAGGGCUUCGACUCUCUAGCAAGGGAAUAUAAAGCCACACGUACAGAGAAGCUGAGCCUCUCGGAAAAGCGAGAGGUCGUGGCUUGCUAAUUGUUUGAAUUAGCUGUGAGCUUUUCUUACUUUCUCUUCCUCAUGUUCUUCCCCCAGUAUCAGUGUUUUUUUUUUUUGUUUUUUUUAGCGACUGGAUAUCCAGCGCACCAAAGACAGAACUGUGAGAGUUUCUCCUCCAGCAGUCGGACAAUAUAAUAAUGCAUGACAGGAACAGAUUUUCUUUCUUUUUUUCGGAUUAGUGAGAGGUUUCAGUAUUCGAGGAGAUGGAUGUGUGGUUUACGAGGGCUGUUCGAUGUCUCCCAUUCUUCCUUCUGUCUCUUUUUCAUGUCUUUUUCUAAGUUCCUUUAGUCUGUGUGCUUGUGUUUUUUGGCCUUUCCUGCCCAUGUCGACUCUCCUUUGGUCACCGUUUUCGGUGAUUUUUUUCGAGACAUGGCGGGACUCCCCACCUGGACUCUGUUUUGUGUAUAAGUAACUUGCGGUGGUGACGAUUUUCUAUAUAAAAUGAGCAAACAAAAAAAUGAUACUGUGGAACUUAAGUUGGUUGAAUUUUUUUAGGGUAUGUCUAAUUUGUAAAAGUGAACAA